AUGAUAGGUGAUGAAGAAAACACAGAAUUUAUAAAUGAAAUUACUAAAUUAGAAAAUAAUAACGAAUCCAAUGGAGGAAUCAUGCAAGAAAUCAAAAAAAAUCAUAUCAAUAACUUGAUCUAUUUUGGAUCGAUUUUAACAUUCACGUGUAUAAUCAUGCUGCUAUUUUGGAAUAUUAAGAAAGAAAGCAACCAAGUACAUUAAAAAUACGGGAGUUUCACCAACAAAAAUGCAUCAUUGUUAGUGAUUUCAUAAGAAGAUUUUGAUUAUUUUGAUUAGUUAAAUAAUACAACUAAGGUAUAGAAUUGUAAUCAAAAUGAUUAUAAUAAAAAUACCUUAAUAGUCGUUAGUAAUCAGGUUAUGAAAGACGAUGUUAAGGAAUGCAUAGAGCUGUUUAAGCCAAAACUUCAUGAUAUAUUGUUGAUAAUCUAUAAUGCAACAUAAGAAUCAAUUCUAUAAGAUGUUGAUGACAAUGUGAAUUACUACUAUUUAUCAUCUAAAGCAUUAUCAAUACAAAACUCAAAGAUCAAAAAAUUCGAAUAUCUAGAGGUGGAUGAAUAAAAAGAAGUUAUUGCUUAAAUUAUAAACAAUAUUUUUAAAUGA